AUUAUUUUAGUGAUCGGUCUGAUUGUAUGCCGACCACAACCACAGCGAAUCGAUGUUUCGUUCUCAAGCCAUUAUUGGGAAUGUCAUGCAACGCGGGCUGCUACCGAUAUCGUGUUUCUGAUAUUAUCCACAGUAUAUGCAGCUGCCAUGCUCCUGUUUGCCACGUUCUUGGCGUACAAAACCCGUGCUGCCGGUCAGCGAUAUAGCCAUUAUAGCGAGACGAAACAGAUGGGUUUGUCGGUCUACAAUAUUUUAUUUUCGGCAUUGGUCGGAUUCGCUGUCUUGGUUAAUCCAAUGGCCGACUUUUACACGAAAUACUACAUUCAAGUCAUCACUAUUCUAUGGGCAACAACGUUUUCUCUGCUUGCUCUAUUUCUGCCCAAAGUUCAUGCAUUUGUCAAGCAACAACGCAAG